CACGCCAAUCAGACCUUCUUUUAAACGAAUCAACAAGAUGGCUGAGAUGAGAUGGGCACCAAUUGAAUACAAUGCUCUACCCAAUCCAGAGCUAAGGCAUACGCUAACACUCAACAUACCUAUGCCAACCGCCCUUUCCGCUCAACAGCUCUAUCGAGUAUUGAGCGUAGACAAAGAAUUAAAACCGAUAGAUUCAACAAUACGGUAUAGGAUCACAGAACAAACAUCCGAUAUCGUUGAUAUUCAAAUCAAUUGCAGAUCAAUACGACAAUUACGAUUAACCACAAAUGCACUUAUGGAUAGUAUCUCACUUGUGAUCGCAACAAUGGAAGCUUUCACGCCAGAAUCACAGCAAUCUACACAACAACCAUCUCAGCCAAUCACUGAAGCUGAAUUUGAGUUGAAUGGAACUGGAAGGGCUGGAUGAAGGGAGAACGAUCGGAUCUUAUUCUGCCCUUCCGCUUCACACUCUACUAUCAUCUUGUACAAAAUGUAUUAUUAGCAUGCAAAGAACAAAUUUCAGCUAUGUGAGCAAGAAAGGGAUUUGUGUGUACAUAGAAAAGGAGC